UAAUAAAAGAAUGGAUAGGACAUGCCUAUACUCACUCCACAGCGUGCCGCGGUCUUUUUUGGGGAAGAGAGAGCUACAAGAGAGACAGACGAUAACGUGCCUUUUUCAAGGUUAUGUUACAAACAUCUUUAAAUAUUAUCUAUGGAUAAGAGAUAUCUGCUUAUCACUGGAUUAUAUUAUUAUUAAAUAUUAAUGUAAAUUUAAUUAUUUUAAUUUUUAAACUUUUAUUUUUUCUUGUGAUUUUACGAAAAUUAAUUAUUUAGUCAUACAUAAGAAUAAAAAAAAAAUGGUUCAUCGAUGCGUAAUUUGCCACUCCAACUCGACUAAAAAUCCAAAUCUAAGUUUUCACCGGUUUCCAAAAGAUCCUGAAAAACGUGAAGUAUGGAUAAAUAAUUUAAAUUUAAAAAUGCAAAUAAAAGAUUGGCAUCAAAUAUGCAGCCUACAUUUUUCUCCAAUGAGCUAUGUAUUUAGCAAUGAGAGAAAAAUAUUAAAAUUUGAUGCACUACCAGUAUGUCAUGAAGAAAGAGAAACAUUGAAUAAUGCUGCAAUACUGCCAGAUGAAUUAACGCCUGAAGAUUUUAGUUUGACUGCGUCUGUUUCACAAAAUGUUGAAGAAAUACAUGUAUUAUCGCAGACACCACCUACUUUGUCUCUUUCUGAAAAGUAA